AUGAGUUGUGUGCUAACUACUACUACUAUUCAAACCAAACACGCAUCGAUGGAGCUUGUGAGGGAGUUUCUGGUGUUCCACGACUUCACCAACACCCUCGAAUUCUACGAGGCCGAAUUGUGCACUGGCAUCGGAAAAGGAUUCGAUGUUGACAAGAACCUCGACCUAAUCUUCUCCCUUUACUUCCCCAAGUUCCACGCCGAUAGCCUCCUCUCGCUCCUCGGUUUCUUCAAGCACUACUUCUCUUCCUCCUCCGACGCGCCGCUUGCCUCCAUGCUUUCUAAGUUGGAGACUUCUCUUCUACGCUUCUAUGUUGUCCACGCCAUCCAGUGCAACCCCAAUGACAAAGUCGUCAACUUCUUCACGCUCUACGAUGCCAAAUUACUACAGAGGUCACAAGAUUGGACUUCUUCAUGCGUGUUUGGUUUGAAGAGUAGUAGUAGUUCACACACAACUCAUGCCUCGACGUGCCUUGACUGUGAAUUGGGAUUGUGA